UGUAAAAAGAGAUCUACAGAGAAGACAUCAUCCUUAGUCCCUCUCUAUUGUAAAAAGAGAUCUACAGAGAAGACAUCAUCCUUAGUCCCUCUCUAUUGUAAAAAGAGAUCUACAGAGAAGACAUCCUUAGUCCCUCUCUAUUGUAAAAAGAGAUCUACAGAGAAGACAUCAUCCUUAGUCCCUCUCUAUUGUAAAAAGAGAUCUACAGAUGACAUACGAGAUUUCAACAUCUCCUCCUUUCUCUCUGCUGUAAAGGUCACAGCUACAACUGGGGAAGUUAUUCUACUGGCCACUAGGGAAGAGAACUGCUCAGCCUCCAAUCAGCCUGGCUCAGAGAGGCUGUCUGUCACUUACAGACUGGAGCUACUGUAAACAGGUCAUGCUGCUCUGGACUAGUGGAGACACUGAACACUCUGAGGUGAGAGCAAAUACCUUUACCUAGCCUUUCUGCUAGGGUUAUUCUGACCUGGUGGAGUGGAGCAUGGGAAAGAGCGAGUGAGAAGGAAGAUUUAGAGAAAGAGCUAGGUAUUGAAAAGGAGAGGGAGAGGAAGGGUAAAGAGAGGGAGAAGAUUGGAGAAAGAGAGAGAGAGAAAGGAGAGAGAGAGAAAGCUCACCUGGAGGAGAGGUAAAGGAUUAGCUAAAAUCAUAUUGAAGAGGAGCGUGACUGUGUGGAAGACUUUCUGGUUCUGCAGAGACAUAUCUGGGAGAUGACAUAUCUGGGAGAUGACAUAUCAGCUGGGAGCCCACAGUAAAUCAUAAUGGAGCAACAGAGGGACAAUUCCAUACCUAUCUCCUCACUGUAACAUAGUGAGACAGCCACUAAACCAACAAAAUGGACGUUGAGGACCUCCAGAUCCAAAACUCAACAUUUAAUGGCAACACAUCAGACAUUCAGCCUGUCCCACACAACCUAUGGGAGGUCAUCACCAUAGCGACCAUAUCGGCGAUCGUCAGCCUGAUAACAGUCGUAGGCAAUGUUCUGGUGAUGCUGUCGUUCAAGGUCAACAGUCAACUAAAGACAGUCAACAACUACUAUCUUCUCAGCUUAGCCUUCGCUGACCUCAUAAUAGGAGCCCUAUCCAUGAACUUAUACACCUCAUACAUCCUAAUGGGCUAUUGGUCCUUAGGGAACCUAGCUUGUGACCUCUGGUUAGCCCUGGAUUAUGUGGCCAGCAAUGCCUCCGUUAUGAACUUGUUAGUCAUCAGUUUCGACAGAUACUUCUCCAUCACAAGGCCGCUGACCUAUAGAGCCAAGAGGACGCCGAAGAGAGCGGCUAUUAUGAUUGGCUUAGCGUGGUUGGUGUCGUUUGUCCUCUGGGCGCCGCCUAUCCUGUGCUGGCAGUACUUUGCGGGAGAGAGGACGGUCCCGGCAGACCAGUGCCAGAUCCAGUUCUUCUCCGAGCCGGUGAUCACGUUCGGCACGGCCAUCGCAGCGUUCUACAUCCCUGUCUCCAUCAUGACCCUCCUCUACAGUAGAAUCUACAAGGAGACAGAGAAACGCACCAAGGACCUGGCUGAGCUGCAGGGCCUCACCACAUCUGGUCACCCAGAGACUGCUAAUAAACCACAGAAAACGGUUCUGUUACAGUCCUGUUUUGGCUCCAGUAACGACAGGGGGGACAGGAGGAACCAGGCCUCGUGGUCCUCGUCCAACCAGAGCAACGUCACCAAGACCACGACCCGGUCGGACGAGCUGGCCUGGGCCCAUGCUGACCAGAUCACCUCCUUUAACAGCUACACCUCGUCCGAGGAGGAGGAGACUCACCAUCCUGUUUCCGCGGCAACCUCUCAGGGGACAUUCAAAGGUCAAGUUCAAAGUCAGACAGAGAAAGGACAGACGGCCGCCGAUUACGUUGAUAACGAAGAAGGCGAGUAUUUCCAGACCGCCACUCCACCGCCGAAAAAACCCAGCAAGAAGGGAAUCUCCUACAAGUUCAAAUUGGUCUUGAAGGAUACCAGCAGCCCUCCUCAGAAUGACAAAAUCACCAACAACACAGACACUAAAACAGCUCCUCCAUGUCCCUCUGAGUCUGACCAGAUAGGUCAGAACCACCACCAGAACUCCUCUCCAUCAUCCUCCACCACCACCACCACCCCCAAGCCCAUGGACCCCUCCCUGAAGAGCCAGAUCACCAAGAGGAAGAGGAUGGUCCUCAUCAAGGAGAAGAAGGCUGCCCAGACCCUCAGUGCCAUCCUCCUGGCCUUCAUCCUAACAUGGACGCCGUACAACAUCAUGGUGCUCAUCUCCACCUUCUGUUCUGACUGUAUCCCUGUGUCUCUCUGGCACCUGGGCUACUGGCUCUGUUAUGUCAACAGCACCAUCAACCCCAUGUGUUAUGCGUUGUGUAAUAAGACUUUUCAGAAGACCUUUAAGAUGCUGUUGAUGUGUCAGUGGAGGAAGAAGAGAGGGGAGGAUAAACUGUACUGGUGUGGACAGAACCCGGCCAUUAACAGCAAGAUGACAUGAUGUGGUGUGGAAUAGAGAACAUAUACGUAUUUGGACAUUCAGCAGCAGACCCUUUUAUCUAAAAUUACUUUUUGUACAGCAGAAAUGUUUAGCAAAUGUAGCCAAUAUGGUAUUAAACCCACAACAACAAAAAAGUAAAUGUGCACUCGGGGCAGAACUGAGUUUGGGAAAACGUGAUGUACAUAUUGAAUAUACCACACAUUACUGCUACUGUACUGCACGGAUAGCAAUGGAAGUGUGCUAGCUCAAAACACAGUAACUAGUGGUCAUAGAUCCAUCUGUGAGGAUGAGUAACGCUGUAUACUGUUCCACUAUCACGUCCCUCUUCAUGUCAAAUGUUUCCUACAUAAGCUAAUGUGCCUUUGUUCGUCCGGAAGUCUGGCGAUGAAAGACUUGUAUUGUGAAUGGGUCGGUGUUGACCUUGCUACUGUAUUGUGAAUGGAUCGGUGUGGACCUCGCUACUGUAUUGUGAAUGGAUCAGUGUUUUCCUUGCUACUGUAUUGUGAAUGGGUCGGUGUUGACCUUGCUACUGUAUUGUGAAUGGGUCGGUGUUGACCUUGCUACUGUAUUGUGAAUGGAUCGGUGUUGACCUCGCUACUGUAUUGUGAAUGGAUCGGUGUUGACCUUGCUACUGUAUUGUGAAUGGAUCGGUGUUGACCUCGCUACUGUAUUGUGAAUGGAUCGGUGUUGACCUUGCUACUGUAUUGUGAAUGGAUCGGUGUUGACCUUGCUACUGUAUUGUGAAUGGGUCGGUGUUGACCUUGCUACUGUAUUGUGAAUGGAUCGGUGUUGACCUUGCUACUGUAUUGUGAAUGGGUCAGUGUUGACCUUGCUACUGUAUUGUGAAUGGAUCGGUGUUGACCUUGCUACUGUAUUGUGAAUGGAUCGGUGUUGACCUUGCUACUGUAUUGUGUGAUAGUAUGCUGCUUGUGUACCUUUGAUCUUAUCAGUGAAAUAAUCCCAAUUGAAAAGUAUCAUUA